UCAGUCACGGCCAACGCACUAGACGUGACGGCCGUUAUGCGAUAAAUGAUUCAAUUUUAAUUGUUUUUGUGUAAACAACAUAAUUUGGUUAUGGCACCGAACAGUCAACGUCAAGUCAGUUUUCCCAACCUUCCCUACCCUCAUCUUCGAGAUAUUCCCCCAAAGACGGGUAGACAAUGGUUGGAUGGUAAAAGAAAACAGGAUGGAGCUGAAAAUCUUUGGAGAAUUCACGACAACCUUUAUGAUUUGACUGAGUUUAUCUCCUCACAUCCCGGAGGUACCCAGUGGCUAGAAUAUACUAAAGGCACAGAUAUAACGGAGCAAUUUGUUACACAUCACUUAGGUGGUGUCGCCGAAUCAAUCAUCCCGAAAUAUUUCGUUCGAAAGGCGAAUUCGCAACGGAAUUCACCCUUCACAUUCGCUGAAGACGGCUUUUAUGUAUCUCUAAAAACAAAAAUCGUUGACAAGAUAAAAGAUAUACCAAAGGACGCGAGGAAGAAGAGCGAUAAUGUAACUGACGCGUUACUGAUUCUUUUUAUAAUUGGAGGUCCUUUGUGCUGUUGGAUUUGGACACAGAAUGUGCUGCUCGGUCUUGUGUCAACACUCCUACUUGGCUACAUAAUCAGUGCGCUAACAGUCUGUGCUCACAAUUACUUCCAUAGAUCUGACUCUUGGAGAAUGUAUUUGUUUAACUUCAGUGGAUUUUCUUAUGCAGACUGGCGCGUAACUCACGCAAUGUCACAUCAUCUGCAUACAAAUACGGCCCAAGAUAUUGAGAUAGGGCUGUUAGAACCCUUCCUUCAGUUCAUGCCAAAUCCGGAUAAACCAAUUUGGGCCCAAAUGGCAGCUUUUUAUUAUCCCAUCGUAUUUGCUUUUGUUUCUCUUGGAUGCCUUUUAAAAGAGUUUGUUGUUGGAAUCGUUGGAUACCGUGGCGCUUCAGUGACAUGGGCUCAUACCCUGCCCUACACUGUACCAGUAUGGAUGUGGCUAGCUAGUGGGCUAUAUUUUCCUUGGACGAUCGCUAUCUGGUUACUUUCACUAAUGAUUUCAAGUGAAUUCUUCAUGGUUUACGGCCUUACAGCAGGCCACCAUGCCCAUACCAAUUUCUUUGAAGGAGAUGUCCCUAGAUCAGAACAACUCGACUGGGGUAUUCAUCAACUGGAUACAGUUAUAGAAAGAGUGGAGUAUGCUGGAAACCACUUCAAAUCCAUCACGAGGUUUGGAGAUCACGCCCUACACCAUCUCUUCCCAACGCUGGAUCAUGCUGAGCUAAAAUAUCUUUACCCAACACUCUUGGAACAUUGUGAGAAGUACGAAAUGCAACUUCGAACCACUAACUUCUAUGGAGCCCUACUGAGCCACAGCAAACAGCUGAUUCGGAAACGGCCAAAUAAUUUUAGAGAGAAAAAAAUCAAAUAGAUUGACCCCUGUAUUUAUAAAUACCGCAUCGGUCUUACGCCGUUCAUAAAGUAUCUCUUUCCAUCAAGGCAAAAUCUUAAAUGUAUAGACAGAGACAAAUGAGGACUUUAAUUGAAGUAGAGUAAAUAAAUAAGCGGGUUAGACUUGUCUUAUUAAGGGUAGACUUGUCGCAUAUAACUCCCGUAUGUCAAAAUUCAAAACGUUGGCAUGUCGGAGUCACACUUAAGUUAGAACUUUGAAAGUUAAGAUUAGAUUCUAGAACUUAUUGUGUUUUAAUAUAAUUCUAAAUAUAUCUGAGUCUGUGAUAUUGAAGUAAGGACAAGAGUUGGUAUUAAGAAACCUCAUGAAAUAUUUUUUGUUCUUCUCACGUCAUUAUGUUAAAGGCUAAUGGAAACAAAAAAUUCCAAGCCAAGUACAAAAACUUGUUUUGGAACUAAUGUUUAUAACAUCUUAUACUUAAUUAUGAAGAUUUUAUUUAAUUUAUAAUAUUAAUGUGAUUGACAUAGAUCUACUAAUUGGACCAUAUGUACUAAGCAACGCAUAGAUUUAGUAAACACGAUUCAGAACUAAUUACUUUGUACUAAUUAUGGUAUUGAGUCAUUGAUUUAACCGAAUAUAAAUUAAGACUUGGUCGCUUAACUAAUUUUUAAAUUCAGAAAUGUAUAUUUAAUUAGAAGUAUGUUUUAUAUCCACUUUGUUUUUAUCAAGCCCCUAACUUUAGAUUCGACAUAGGCUAAAAAUGUCAAACAAAGCGAGGUAGGAUUUGGGUAGUAGAAAACUAGUAUCCAUAAACCCCUAGGGAAGAUGUGAUUCUAGAAUUCUGUCAGUAGAAAAAGGGAACAGUAAAAGCCUUUAUGAAUAACUACUGAGUUGCUAUCGGGGAAAGUGAAUAUAGUUUAGGUAGGAGAGUAUAGUUAAAACAUUCAUUCGAGGUGAUUUUUUUUUGUUUCGUCAUUUGUUAAUGUUGCAUACGCAGGACAUAGGAAUUCUAAGUAUGUUACAUAAAACUGACGGUAUCGUCUUGAUGAAGAGCGUAGCAUAUCCACAACAUUGCCAACAGGAUAUAUAUCAUUACAAAAACCCGGAAUUACAUAAUUUAGUUAAUAUCCCGUAGUAUUUCAUAAUUUUAUUACUCUUAUUAGUGGGAAACUUCUGUUGUUAUUUUGAUUACACAUAAACUUUCUUAGUUCAGCCGCACCUUCUCAUACAUUACAUUUUCAAAGUCCUAAAAGUUUUAAUGUCUUUGUAUUACUCUGAAUUAACUCGGGAGGGUGAGAAACUCCGUACUAAUUUUCAGUUCUAAAGAAAAUAUAUGGCCUACAACACUUUCCUCUUAGCAAUAUCACACGAGCGCGAAUUAACAGUUAAAAUUCACAGGAGUAAAAAAACAUUAAUGGAAUGAACGUUCCUCAAGCUGUUGUUAAGUAACUUCUGCAAUUUCAGUUUAAAAUCGCGAUCAACUGGGUUUUUAGAACACUGUAAAAUGUAUGGAACUUUCGUAAAUAAUGCAUGAAUGUAUUUUUACAAUUAUCUGUCUAUCCUCACCGUUGUACAUUUUACUUUGUUCUAUUUUUAAAAUCAACGAAGGUUUUAUGUGAACAUUUAUUUCGUGAAAUCAUUGUGCCCAAAAACCUCAAUCCUGACGUCAUUUGUUUGGACCCCGACUAUGCUCUGUGCACCAAUAAUUACUUCUAUACUGACAUAUGGGAAAACACACGUAGGAAUCUGUGUAUUCAUGCAUAGAUUCAUAUAAUCUCUCCUCUUUUUUUACAUUUAAUAUUUACGUUAACUGUUUAAAUUGUUGCAGUAUUUAGUUAAAAAUCCCUAGUAUAUUUCGUAGUGUAUUUUAUCUAAAGUUUAAUAAAACUGAGCUCUAAUAGACUUAUCGAGGCGUUGCAGACUCCAAAUUUUAUGACGUCAUAAACCAGACCCGUUAUCCGGGCUUGAUUUGAUAAAUACCCUUGUCAAAUAAAUAAGGGUAAAAUAAAUAAAUGAAGUUUAUAUUUUAUAUGUUUAGAAUUAAUUUGUUACUCUUAAUUGAUAAUUACGUUUUAGGGUCGAAUAUUUAUGUUCCUUAAUCCAUGGCAUAAAGAAUAAAAUAUAUGUACCGAUACGAACCGUUCUUUAAAAAUUGCGCCAGUUUCAAAUCACAAUCUAACUAGGAAAAUUGACGUUUGACAAAUAAACUAUAUGUCAAAUGUCAACAACCAUUUUGAUAUUACAAUGGUUCGGUUUUGCUAUUACAAUGUCUUUACCAUUUGAAUAAAAUAAUCUUGUCUCUUAGUGAAUAAAAUUGAUUACAUUGUAAUAAAAAAGGAUCAUCAACAUAUAAAGUAAAAUGGACAUAGAUAAAAGGAUAGAUUUGUUGACAGUCAAACCUAAUAAAAACUAUCUAGUUUAAGAGUACAGCGCCACAUACUUUGCACUUGGCAAGCGGCUGAAAUUGGUACUACUGUCGCCAUUUUGAAAUCUCUUUUAAAAACUCUCUCGACAUU